AAUAGCGCAACGAAGCAUAUCACGCUAAAUUUGACUUAUAAGUCAGCACAGGUCAACGCCGACCAACUACAACUGAUUAAACAUCUGGUAUUGCAGCUUGAGCGUUGUAAGGAGGAAGUUCUGCCUCAUUAAGUUCAUGGAACUUGUAUCUGCUAAAGCAGUGGAGUUGGAAGAGCUUCGAUCCCAGUGGGCGUCGCUGACUAAUGUCAUACUAGAACGUGUCGGUUGCGAGCUACCGCUGCGCGACAUCCUGUCCGCCCGCCUGGUUUGCCGCCAAUGGCGCCAGCACGUGGGGUCCAUGGUCACCCACUUGCCGCACGCGCACCAGCCGGGUCAGCGCGACUUGGCGGAGCUGGACGCGCAGCCCCAACAGCGGGGCCACGUGUGGGACGCGUCGCUGGCAGGCCUGACCGCCUGCCUGCCUCGUCUUUCCGAGGUCAUGGUGUACGCGGGCAGUCGCGUCUCCUCCGCGGUCCUAGGCGCGCAGCUGCUCAGCCUGCCCGCCCGCCUGCCCGGCCUCACCAAGCUGGAGCUGCGCUUCCUGAAGCCCGACGGCAGCAAUGCGGUGCUGGGGGAGAGCCUGCAGCAGCUGCAGCCGGCGCUCAGCAGCCUGACGGGUCUGCGCACGCUGUACCUCAUCAAGG